AUGGAUAAGUCGUGCACCAUGAUUCGGAGCGGUAUCAUACAGAAGUUACAGAAGUUUUCUGCAAGAAGGUUGAAGAAUGAGAUAGCUGAAGUGGCGCAGACUUGUAAUACGCAGACGGCUCGUGGCCCACCACAUGUGACCCAGGAGCUCGACGAUGAUAUACAGCUUCUCUACUCCACUCUACAGCAAUAUCAAUCCUGCAAUACAGGAGGAUCAGAGCGUGAUAUCAUGAUAAACAUACGACUCAAUGGUUACAGGGCCCUUGGCAAAAACAGUGAUCCAGCUUCUUUCAUUGUCGAUAAUGCUUCUGCCGAAUUCGGCGUUCUCUUCUUAGACCACCCGCACGUAGGGAACGGUUAUUGGCAGGAGACUUGUGUCCAGAUAUGUCAUACGAGGCCUCCAGAACUGCCUAGAGUGAAGUUUACAGAUUUGGGCCCCAAUCCGGCUGCUACACAAGCCCAAUACGAACCUAUUGCUUGCGAGAGCUUCUGUCAGCAAAUCAGUUGCCGCAACCAAGAUCUUAUAUACCUGUCAACACGAGACGGUGGGCUUGUCUACCAUAAACGCUCUGAUGUUAACAGAGAUUGGCUAGCUAGCUGUGAAGCAGUAUCACUGGCGAACGCCUUUACUAAACCAGAAUUGAAAUUAAAUGAUAAGUCUAAGGCGAUUCUAGGGAUGCUCUUAGCCAAGACAACUUGGGAGUUUUAUGAUUCAGCUGUUAUCGGCCAGGGGCUUACAAGCGAUAAUAUUCACUUUAUUUGCGAGCAACGGGCUAAUAUCGCUGGCGCUUUUGUUAACGAGCCGGUGCUGCUCACUCGAUUUUCCCAGAGCAAUGGUCAGAUGAGUGACACUGGCAUUCAAAUCGGUGGAAAUGUCUCAUCUGCUACCAUGAAUCUGAUUCAUGACAUGCCCAAAAUUCUUGCACUUGGAAUUAUUCUCUUGGAAAUCGAGACUGGGAAGAUUAUGAGAAGACAUCGAGAAAAUCCUAGAGUUUGUCCGCCGGGGCUCUUCAAUAUCAACACUGACUAUAAGAUCGCCUGUAACCUCGUCGCCACAGGACCCAAUGCACAUACAGAGAGUAUCAUCCCAGAUUUAAACAAGCUGUCACCACUGAGGACAAUCUUGCCUUUAUGCAUUAAGCCAGGGGAAUUAAGAACAAAACUACAACAGACUCUCAGUGCACAAAAGAAGAAUAUCGCCGGUAUCAACUAUCGUAACGCCCUGCGUUCUGUCAUUUACAACGAAAUCGCCUUUCCAUUGCAGACUUGGGCAAACCAGUUUGAUGAUCUCAACAGGGUCAAGCCGUUAUGGGAGGUUAAAGUGAAACAAGAAAUACCUAGACCCACGAUUCCGCUCACUGCCCCCCCGCUGAGGCCUCGGCAGGCUAGUUCUUUUGACAACCGAGAUUAUAGAAGACUGCGAGAAGGCUCGCGGCGGUGGUUCAACCGUUACGAGCAACUUAAUGAUUAUCUACAGCCUAGAGACAGUGAGAUGAGAGACGGCUAUAAGAGAAUCAAAGUUGCCAUGUUGGAUACUGGUAUAACGCAGGAAGAUUACGAUUACCUCAGGGACUCUCUAUCUUCAUUCGAAUACAAGGACUUUGUCGACGAGGCAGCUAAAGACACUGCGUGUGAUAACAGUGGACAUGGAUCUGCAGGCGUUUCACUUCUCCUCAAAACAUGCCCCCAAGCAAGCCUUUACAUAGCAAGAGUGCUAGAGACAGAUGUUGCAUUGACCGCUGACGUUAAUACAGUGGUCCAGGGAAUCAACUGGGCUAUUGAGAGACAAGUUGAUAUCAUCACAAUGGCUCUUGGAUUUGAGAAGAAACAGCAGCGGGUGAUAGAUGCGAUCGACAGAGCAUACCGCAGCGGCAUCCUUAUCUUUGCGGCAGCAUCUAACGAUCGCAAUUUUAGCCCCGUAUAUUGCCCUGCUAUCUUGACGGAUCAGGUCUUUGCCAUGUAUUCGACAAAUGCCGGCAUUCGAGAGUCCUGGUCGCUGAAUCCUUCUCCAAUAGCCGGCGAUAGCUUUGCCAUUUUUGGUGAGAAUGUUGAGCUCAAAGAAGAGGGUCCCUUAGUCCAAGGAACCUCUUAUUCGACAUCUAUAGCAGCUGGUCUAGCGGCGAUGCUCUUGGAUUUCGUUAGCCAAGAAGCAGACAUACACAAGAUGCGGGAGCUUUCUAACCUCAAGAAGAAGCAAGGGAUGAAUAUGAUAUUUCGAGAGAUGGCAAAGUCGGAUAACGGUUACUUGUGUAUCCGACCAUGGAAACUUCUGAAAAAUGAUAUUGACUAUGAGGAUCAUCUGGAAGAUGAUCAAGUAAGGAAGCAAGAGCGAGAAUGGAUUAGGGGUACUAUUGUGAGGUUGCUACAGUUGGAGAAGCUGCAUGACUCAUACCGAGGCUGAUUACCUAUAGAUGGCGAUAGUUUGGAGUACAAGUGUUAAGAUUUAAUUUCCGUUG